GUUUGUGUAAUGAAGUGAAUUUUACUUCUAUUGAAUGUACAGCGCUGUAAAUGUAAUAACAGCAACAUAUGUUUGCUGCUUGCUUCUCUUUCGCUCUCCCUUAUGUACGCGUUUUUGUAUGUAAUUAAAAAUCCAUCUAGUAUUAUAUGUUGUAAAAAUUUUUAUUGAUAUAAAAACUAUAGCCUCUUAAAAUGGCCAAAGUUCGUAUGCCGAAACAAAAAGUGAUACUAUGCGGGGACUACGGUGUUGGAAAGAGCUCUCUGUUUAGAAGAUUUACGAAUAACACUUUCGUCACAGACACAGACCGUAAAUCAACAUUGGGCUUAGAUCAUAUCGAAAAAGAAUACAAAGUUGAGGAUAAACAAAUAAAACUACAAUUAUGGGAUACGGGCGGCAUGGAACGGGUGGCUUCGGUAACUUCAUCUUACUACAAAUUUGCUGAAGGUGCAAUUCUUGUAUUUGCCUUAGAUAAUGCAGCGUCAUUUCAUUCAUUGUCACAGCAUUUAUUGGAUAUUGUUACUUAUGCUGAGAAUGCCAAAAUAUUCAUCUGUGGUAAUAAAAGUGAUUUAGAAGGCCGGGAACCCGAAGUUACCGAUGCCGAUGUGGAAGCUUUUUGUGAACAAUGCCAUAGCCUUAUAAGUGCCACAUAUAAAACAUCAUGUAAAACGGGCCAGGGCAUAGAAGAUAUGUUUAGCGAUAUAUCCCGCAUUUUAGUGGAAGCAAACCGUUCGAAAAUGGAUUUACAGGCCAGCAUGGAACAGCAUGGCUUUCAAAUAAUAGCCGGCAAUCUGCAACCUUUGGAUUCUCUGACUGAGGGAGAAGAGGCCUCCACUUGUAUUUGCUAGCAAAUGGGGAACGUCGAGUUCGGUUAAAAUGGAUGAGCAAUGAAAUGUUGCCGAACUUGCUAAGAAAAAACUAUUAUCCCUAUAUCAUAGUAAUCAGAAGAUUUUUAUAAUAGCGCUAAAGGGGAAGGAAUAAUUUAUUGAAAGAUAACCAAACAAGAUAAUAUCACUUCGAAUACAUUUUACUGAUAAGCUAUACAUUCAUAAGUAGGAAUAAGUUAAUAAUUCGUAAUCUUGAGAUUCUAUUUGUAAA